UUCAAUCGUCCUAGCAUUUUUGAGCAACUUUGCUCACAUCAUAAUCUGAAACCAUGAAGUGGCUAACAUUAAUUUCAUUAAUUCUUCUCCUGAGCUCUGCCAGAUCCAGGAAUCUGCAAAGAACUGCACGAGAUGCAGACCACAAGAGUCCGAUUGCCCACCGCUUCAAUGACCUGAAGGAAGAGACAUUUAAGGCAGUGGCCAUGAUCACAUUUGCCCAGUACCUCCAGAGAUGCUCCUACGAAGGACUGUCUAAGCUGGUGAAGGAUGUUGUUGAUUUGGCACAUAAGUGCGUGGCCAACGAGGACGCUCCCGAGUGCUCAAAACCACUGCCCACCGUUUUCCUGGAUGAAAUCUGCCAAGUGGAAAAGCUCCGCGACUCAUACGGUGACAUGGCUGACUGCUGUGGUAAAGCUGAUCCCGAAAGAAACCAGUGCUUCCUGUCUUUCAAAGUUCAGCAACCAGACUUCAUUGCACCCUACCAGAGACCAGCUGCUGACGUGAUCUGCAACGAGUACAAGGACCAUCGGGUGCAGCUCCUGGGAAAUUUUGUCUAUACUGUUGCAAGAAGAAACCCCUUCCUGCACGCCCCAGCAAUCCUGGGUCUGGCUGCUGAGUAUGAAAAUGCACUUAAAACCUGCUGCCCAGAGAGUGAUGUUGGUGCUUGCUUGGAUGAAAAGGCAGCUGUCAUCAAGGAAAGAGCCAAGAAGAUAAAUGUGCACCAGCAGCAUGGAUGUAGAAUCCUCCACAAGUAUGGUGAGAGGACUUUCCAAGCAAGUAAACUUGUUCGUAUGAGCCAGAAGUACCCCAAGGCUCCAUUUGCAGAACUUGUUAAGAUGGUCCACGAAGUGACAGAUGUCCACAAAGAGUGCUGUGAUGGGGACAUGGUGGAAUGUGUAGAUGACUGGUCAGAGCUGGUGGCCUCUCUGUGUGCUAAACAAGCCGUUUUCUCAAGUAAACUCAAGCCCUGCUGCGAGCUGCCAGCUGUGGAACAGACCAAGUGCAUCAUGGAGGCAGAGUUUGACGACAAACCUGACAAUCUUCCUUCGCUAGUUGAAAAAUACAUUCAGGAUAAGGAAGUGUGUAAAAGCUAUGAGCCAAACCAUGAUGCAUUCCUGUCAGAGUUUGUUUACGAAUAUUCACGAAGACACCCUGAGUUCUCCACACAGCUGAUCAUGAGGAUUGCUAAGGGAUACGAAGCACUCCUGGAUAAGUGCUGCAAGACAGACAACCCUGCUGAGUGCUACGGAAAUGCUCAAGAGGAACUGAACAAGCACAUCAAAGAAACCGAGGAUGUUGUGAAGACCAACUGUGAGCUGUUCAAUACCCACGGCGAGGCAGACUUCCUUAAAGGAAUUCUGGUCCGCUACACUAAGAAAAUGCCUCAGGUAUCAACUGACACCUUGCUUGAAAUUGGGAAGAAAAUGACAGCUGUUGGCAAGAAAUGCUGCAACCUUCCUGAGAAGCAACGCAUGUCUUGUUCUGAGUACUAUCUGACCGUCAUCAUUGAAGACAUGUGCAAGAGACAGGAGAGCACCCCUAUCAAUGACCAGGUUUCACAGUGCUGCAAUGAACUCUACUCUGAAAGGAGACCAUGUUUCACUGCCAUGGGCAUAGAUACCAAAUACGUGCCUCCACCAUUUGACCCCAUGAUGUUCAAUUUUGAUGAGAAAAUGUGCAAUGCUCCUCCGGCUGAGCGCGAAGCAGGGCAGCUGAAAUUGCUCGUCAACCUCAUCAAGCGCAAACCCCAGAUGACAGAAGAACAACUAAAGACAAUUGCUGGGGGCUUCACUGCCAUGAUGGAAAAGUGCUGCAAGCAGUCAGAUGUUGAGGGGUGUCUUGGGGAAGAGGGUGCUGCCCUAAUAGUCCAGAGCAGAGCCACAUUAGGAAUUGGUGUUUAACCUGAGGUUGCCAGUGAGAAAAACAUGAAGAAAAAACUUGCUGUGUAACUUUUCCGACCCCUUACCCUUUUUCAUUUGGUAUUGAAUGAAUAUUUCAUCAACCCUC